GUAUCCCUUGCUCACAGUCGCGUUGCGGGCACUCUGCAAGUCAAUGGCUUCACUGCACUUCAACAGCUCGACUUAUCCGGAACUGCGGUCACCGGCUGGGUGGCGAGCAUGGAUGAGUGCUGCGAGAAUCUGCUCGAGAUAAACCUGGCGGGCAGCCACAUCAGCAUCAUCCUGGACGACGAGGUGGAUGCCGCCGGCAACAACAUUUAUGCGAACGCAGACCUGCUUCCCAAACUCCACAAGCUUGAUGUCAGCAACACGUCUCUGAACGCCUCGGUAUCUCAGCUUCUGUAUUCGCUGGCGGAUGUCCCCAUCUCAACCCUGGUAGCCAACAACUGCAGUGUCCGCGGAGCCGUUCCGCGAUUAGCCACGGUCAGCUCCAGUGACAAGAAGUUGGGUAUCAAGCACAUGGUGCUGAGCCAGACCCUGCAGACGCUGGAGCUUGCGGGCAACAACGUCACUGAUCUCCAAUUCCUUCCUGCCCGCUUGCGCAUGGACCUCAGCAGGAACUUGGGCCCUGUGCGCGUCUCCCCAUCAGCCCUCGAAUAUGCCACAAGAACUGACUUGGAAGUCGACCUAACACACACGGAGCUUGCCAACGUUGAGGAGGUCCGGCCAUUUCUGACGAAGCAGCUCCCGCUAGAGCCAGACAGGUCCUUCGUCAACGAAACAGGCGGCUACGUUUGCUCACAGUUCGCUGCGUCGACGCUGAAGGUCACCCCAGACAGAUUCAUGCCCUCGGAGAUGUGCGUUUGCCGAGCAGGCUAUUUUGGCACAGGAACGUCGUGCAAACCUUGUCCAGAAGAUACCUUCUCAGACAGUGACGGGCAAGAGGUGUGUCAAGCGUGCCCUGCGCACAGUCAUUCCCAAGCAGCAGCAUCGUCUCUGGAUUCUUGUGACUGUGACUUUGGAAAGCCCAAGCUCCAAAACGGUCGCCGGCAAUGUGUUUGUGGCAGGCACACCGCGCUUUCGCAUGGGGCGUGCGCUCCAUGCAGCAAGCUCCAUUUGCAGUGCAAUGGCACCGGCCACAUCGCCGAGGAGGCUUUUCCCGAGUCUGGCUACGCGCGGCUUGCGACGGCCGGCGUCUUCCGAUGCUUGCAUGCAUCUCGCUGCCCCGGUGCGCCUGACUGUGCAACCG